ACCGGCCAUGACCAACCAGCGACCAUACCCUGGCUGGACCUGCUCUCCUCCUCGAACGCUGGCGAGAAAAUUCGUCAAAGCGCCCGCGAGCUGACGGGAAAGUACUGCUACUUGCAUGAUGGCGCGCAGCAGUACCAUGCCACGAAGCAUUUGGAGUGCAUCCAGGAGGAGCUGAAGGAGUUUGCGAAGAAGCCAGAGGCGCUCAAAGAUCAACAGCAGCUGCUGGAGUUCCAGGAUCUCGUGAAAGAGCAUAACAACUUGCAGAAAGCUGUCGACGAGAAUCCUGAGGCGUCGCUGGUCACAGAGCUGGAGACGAAGGCGAAGGGAUUCUUAGACGUGCAAGAGAUUCGCCGUGUGCUGGCAUCGGAAGAGUUCACCGCGGAGAACCGCUUCGACCAGUGGGUGCGGGAGCUGAACCAGAUGAGUCCCAUGAAGUUUGUGGAGACUACCACGGUGCUCAGCGUGGAAGCAGGGAAAGAGAAGAUGGACUCCAAUUUGCACCGAUUCAUACUGAGCUUGAGCCUGGAAUUGGAAUGGCCCAGCGUCCGGGAACGCCUCGAGCAUCUCAUGGACUACUCAGGACCCGCGGUCGACAAACUGGACAAAAAUGGAUGGAAGAGACAGAUGGGACAGGACUUUCACCGGCUGGGCUACGACCCCGGCUGCAGGGCUCGCGAAAUUUAUCUGGACAGGAGGAAAGAGAAGAACGAGUUCGAAACGAGGGGAAAAGAAGGGUGGAAGGCAGCCAAAGAACGGCUCACCUUCCCUGCUGUGCAACCUCUCUCCUUCAAGGUCAUAACGAAUCAGCUUGUCAACAGGCUGUUCUUCGGAGAUGGCAAUGCCGUGUAUAGCGCUUCUUUCUGUGUGACCCCGGCUGUGCAGCUGCUGAGUGACAACACAUCAGACUAUGAGCUCACCCUCGUCCUGAAGUCUAUGGUGGACAUGGGACAUUUCAGCUACGGCUUCGUGACUCCAGUGGGCAGAGCUGUAUUGGAGAUGGCCUUCAAGCGCGCUGAGAAGAUCCGGUGGACUCACGCGAUCAAGGACUUCCUCUAUGUUUUCGUCCUCGUCUUCAUGGGCCACACACUUCGUGAGAGUUCUCUGACCCACGGUGUGGAAUGUCCGGUCUGGGCCCUUUACCUUUUCGUGAUGUUGGCGCUGGUGGUGGCCCUGAACUUCGUCAGCAAGCUCUUCACUGAGAUGUUCAUUUUCGUACACUCAGCUGCGGGCUGCGGGAGCUGCAGCUGCGAGGGAAUUCUCACUGGCAUUAUCGCAGCUGGCAGCAAGCAUGCGACCACUUGGAAUGUGUUGACAGUUGCAGCCGAGUUAUUCUCGAUCUGGGUCAGCGUGAAGUUUAUCUGGAAGGGACAUUGGGAUGUGGACAAUAUCCAAGAUUCGAUCGAACAUUCUUUCAAGUUCUUCAGGGAGAACCCGGCUACGAUGUCGAGCCUGGUCCUCAUACGAUGGACGAUCUUGUCCACAAGCUUCCUGCAGGUGGAGCAGGUUGGCCGCAACAUGGUGCCAGUGGUGAUUGCCGUUUGCCAGCCUGCCUCCCUGUUCUUCUUAUUCUUCCUCGGCUUCAUGAUCUUUGCUGCAUUUCAUGCUUAUUAUGUCUUUCCGAUUGAGGAGAACGUUGGCGACAAG